AUGCAAUUGACAACACUGACCGCCUGUGCAUUGGCAUGGUCGCCAUGGACGAAUGCGCUCUCGGCCUCUCUCAAUGGCAAGAGGUCAUCAAUAGGCCAGGUGGCGGGCGACAGACAAGCACAGCACAAUUCAAUACGCAAGAGAGAUAUCGAUCCGUCUCUGCUGUACACGGAGUACAACUUCAGCACCCCUAUCGACCACUUCCAAAACGAGACGAAAUACGAGCCUCAUGGUAAUGGCAGCUUCCCAUUGCGAUACUGGUUUGACGCGACCUACUAUAAACCUGGCGGGCCAGUCAUCAUAUUGCAGUCUGGAGAGACUGAUGCCAGCACACGACUGCCGUUUUUGCAAAAGGGACUGCUUCACGAGCUUGCAGUCGCCACGAAUGGAAUCGGCGUCGUCCUCGAGCAUCGCUACUACGGAACCAGCUUCCCAACUCCAGACUUGUCGACUGGGAACCUACGUUUCCUGACUACCGACCAGGCGAUGGCUGACGAAGCCUACUUUGCUCAGAACAUUCAGUUUCCUGGUCUGGAGAAGUAUGGCGAUCUCACUAGCAAGACUACUGCCUAUCUUGGGUACGGCGGCUCAUAUGCUGGUGCUUUCAAUGCAUUCCUGAGGGUGCAAUAUCCCGACGUCUUCUGGGGCACCAUCUCAUCCUCCGGCGUUACGAAAGCUAUCUACGAUUUCUGGGAGUACUACGAGCCUGUUGCUACUUAUGCGCCCCAAGACUGCGUUGCAGCACAAAAGACUCUCACGCAUAUCGUCGACAACAUCCUGAUUGGCAAGAACGACACGGCUCUUACCAAUACGCUCAAGACUGCCUUUGGCCUGGAGAACAUCACACAUGUUGCCGAUUUCGCGAACCAGUUGGCCCAAGGUGUUGGUAACUGGCAGAGUUUGAACUGGGAUCCUGCCAUUAGCUCGCCGGAAUUCUACAAUUACUGUGGCAAUAUCAGUGAUGUAGACACCCUUUACCCCGCUACUGAACCGCUACGCUCGACGGCUGAGUACUUGAUCGGACAAGGCGGCUACAGUGCAAACGCUAGUCUCGUCAAUCAGAUGCUGAAUUACAUUGGCUACGUGAACCUGACUGUGGUCUCGUCGUGCGACUACGAACAAGACUCGCUGGCUGCGGACUGGAGGUCGUGGCCCUACCAAUACUGCACCGAAUGGGGCUUCUUGCAAACAGGCAGCGGCGUCCCGCAGGACCAACUCCCAAUGAUCUCACGCACGCUCGAUCUAGCAUACGAGAUGCUCAUCUGCAACUACGCCUUUGGCAUCUACGGAGCACCAGACCUCGAGGCAGUGAACAAGUACGGAGGAUACAAUAUCUCCUACCCACGCCUCGCAAUCGUAGAUGGUGAAUGGGACCCAUGGCGGCCAGCAACACCUCACGCAAUUGAAUAUGGUGCGAAGGACCGAGUUAGCACGGCAAGUGAGCCCUUCAUUCAGAUUGCGGAUGCUGUGCAUCAUUGGGAUGAGAAUGGAGUGUUCCCGAACCAGACGACUGCGACGUUCCCACCUCAGCCUGUGGCCGAUACGCAGAAAUUGGAGCUGCAAUUUGUGCAGGAAUGGAUGCAGGAGUGGGAGCUGAAGUGUUUGAUCCAGGGUGGUGGAUGUUCGUGA